GGGGGUCGGGGCAGCGGGCCCGGGCUCCGGCCUGGCCGCGAGCCUCCUUCUCAGCCCAGUGCGGCCUCGGCUCCCCUCGGGGGCUCCGCCUGGGCGCCGGCGCCGGCUCGGGCCCUGAGCCAAGAUGAUGUGCGAGGUGAUGCCGACCAUCAGCGAGGCAGAAAUUCCCUCAGGAGGAGGUGGGAGCCAUGGUUCUGGUUCCCCUUCACAGCCAGAUGCUGAUUCACAUUUUGAACAAUUAAUGGUCUCCAUGUUGGAAGAAAGAGAUCGUCUUCUAGACACACUCAGAGAGACUCAAGAAACACUUGCCUUGACUCAGGGGAAGUUGCAUGAGGUUGGCCAUGAAAGAGAUUCCUUGCAGAGACAGCUCAACACUGCACUUCCACAGGAAUUUGCCGCACUGACUAAGGAACUCAACGUCUGCAGGGAACAGCUUCUUGAAAGAGAAGAAGAAAUUGCUGAGCUGAAAGCGGAGAGAAAUAAUACUCGGCUGUUGCUGGAGCAUUUGGAAUGCCUUGUCUCCAGGCAUGAGCGAUCUCUAAGGAUGACAGUUGUGAAGAGACAAGCGCAGUCUCCUGCAGGAGUGUCCAGUGAGGUGGAAGUAUUGAAGGCCCUAAAGUCGCUGUUUGAGCACCACAAAGCCCUGGAUGAAAAGGUGAGAGAACGGUUACGAGUAGCCCUGGAAAGGUGUAGUUUACUGGAGGAAGAAUUAGGUGCCACCCACAAGGAGCUAAUGCUUCUGAAGGAGCAGAACAAUCAGAAAAAAACACUAGCGGAUGGGAUGCUGGACAUAAAUCAUGAACAGGAAAACACCCCGAGCACCAAUGGAAAGAGAUCUUCUGAUGGGUCUUUAAGUCAUGAGGAAGACCUAGCAAAAGUGUUAGAGCUCCAAGAAAUUAUAGAUAAGCAGUCAAAGGAACAAAGCCAGAUGAAGGAGCGGUUGGCAGCUCUCUCCAGCCGGGUGACUGAGCUGGAGGAAGACUUGGACACUGCCCGGAAAGAUCUCAUCAAAUCUGAAGAAAUGAACACCAAAUUGCAACGCGAUGCCCGAGAAGCCAUGGCCCAAAAGGAGGACAUGGAAGAGAGGAUCACGACUCUUGAGAAACGCUACCUCGCCGCCCAACGGGAAGCUACAUCCGUGCAUGACCUCAACGACAAACUUGAAAACGAAAUUGCUAAUAAAGACUCUCUGCAUCGACAGAGUGAAGACAAAAACCGCCAGUUACAAGAACGCUUGGAACUGGCUGAGCAGAAGCUGCAGCAGACCUUGAGGAAAGCGGAGACCCUGCCUGAGGUGGAGGCCGAGCUGGCCCAGAGGGUGGCGGCGCUCUCCAAGUCUGACCCUUUGUCUUCUGGAAACUCUGCUGCUAAGGAGGCUAAACUGUUCGAACUUACUUCCAAGCUUAGGAAGGCUGAGGAGAGACACGGCAACAUUGAAGAGAGAUUACGACAGAUGGAGGCCCAACUGGAAGAAAAGAAUCAAGAAUUACAGAGGGCACGGCAGAGAGAAAAGAUGAACGAGGAACAUAACAAGCGUUUGUCAGACACCGUGGACAAGCUCCUCUCUGAGUCCAAUGAGAGGCUCCAGCUUCACCUUAAGGAGAGGAUGGCGGCUCUGGAGGAUAAGAAUUCUCUGCUUCGAGAGGUUGAAAAUGCCAAAAAACAAGUAGAAGAAACACAACACGACAAGGACCAGCUGGUGCUCAACAUGGAAGCCCUAAGGGCUGAAAUAGACCAGAUGAGGAUGCGUGGUGGUGGCUCGCUGCAUCAUGGCCGCCCACACCUGGGCAGUGUACCAGAUUUCCGGUAUCCUGUGGCAGAGAGUCCCACCGAUCCUUAUGGCACCACAUCAGUAUUGCGGCGGGCCCAAAAGGGCCGUCUGGCGGCUCUCCGGGAUGAGCCUUCCAAGGUACAGACUCUGAAUGAGCAGGAUUGGGAGCGGGCCCAACAGGCGAGUGUCUUAGCAAACGUAGCACAGGCAUUUGAGAGCGACGUGGAUGUGUCUGACGGUGAGGAUGACAGAGAUACUAUUUUCAGCUCCGUGGAUCUCUUGUCGCCCGGUGGGCAGGCCGAUGCCCAGACGCUGGCCAUGAUGCUUCAGGAGCAGCUGGAUGCCAUCAACAGAGAGAUCAGAUUGAUUCAAGAAGAAAAAGAAAAUACAGAGCAGCGGGCAGAGGAAAUUGAGAGCCGUGUGGGUAGUGGGAGUUUGGACAAUCUCGGGCGGUUCCGGUCACUGAGCUCCCUUCCCCCACAUCCAGGCUCCUGCCUCGCUGGCUCCUCUCCUCCGGGGAGUGGCCGCUCCACCCCACGGCGGCUCCCCCACAGCCCAGCCCGGGAGGUGGACAGGCUGGGGAUCAUGACUCUACCAUCUCCAGAUUCAUUUCUAAUCCAGACCUCAGUUCCCCAUCAGUCUGUAGCUUAUUCAUCUACCUCCCCUCCCAGUUCCACCCCAUCCUAUAAUGAGGCUUCACAGCACUCUCAGUUGCCAGCUUCGAGAGACGAGGUACGAGAUGACAAGACAACCAUAAAAUGUGAAACGUCCCCCCCUUCAUCCCCAAGGUCCCUUCGUUUAGACAGAGUCCACAAAGGGGCCUUGCACACCGUGAGCCAUGAAGACAUCAGAGACAUUAGGAAUUCCACAGGUUCACAAGAUGGCCAAGUCAGCAACCCCAGCAGCAGCAAUAGCAGCCAGGAUUCCCUUCAUAAAGCCCCCAAAAAGAAGGGAAUCAAAUCUUCUAUCGGCCGCUUGUUUGGGAAGAAAGAAAAGGGCCGGCCUGGACACACUGGCAGAGAGUCCCUGGGCCAAGGUGGUGUUACAGACAUGGAUAACUCCUCCCAAGAUGCUUUAGGAAUUAACAAACUGGGAGGCCAGGCUGAAAAGAAUCGAAAACUACAGAAAAAGCAUGAACUGCUGGAAGAAGCUCGGAGACAAGGUCUGCCUUUUGCCCAGUGGGAUGGGCCAACUGUGGUUGUGUGGCUCGAGCUGUGGGUCGGGAUGCCUGCCUGGUACGUGGCUGCUUGCCGAGCCAAUGUGAAAAGUGGGGCCAUCAUGUCUGCUCUGUCAGAUACUGAGAUACAGCGUGAAAUCGGAAUCAGCAAUCCUCUACAUCGGCUAAAGUUGAGGCUCGCCAUUCAAGAAAUUAUGUCCUUGACAAGUCCCUCUGCCCCGCCCACAUCAAGAACGACCACAGGGAAUGUCUGGUUAACACAUGAAGAAAUGGAAAACCUGGCAGCGACACCACAGACGGACGAUGAGGAGGGAAGCUGGGCUCAGACGUUGGCCUACGGCGACAUGAAUCACGAGUGGAUCGGCAAUGAGUGGCUGCCCAGCCUGGGCCUUCCUCAGUAUCGCAGCUACUUCAUGGAAUGCCUGGUGGAUGCACGGAUGCUUGACCAUCUGACCAAGAAGGACCUGCGAGGACAGCUCAAGAUGGUGGACAGUUUUCACAGAAACAGCUUCCAGUGUGGAAUCAUGUGUCUGCGGAGACUGAAUUACGACCGGAAGGAACUGGAGAGAAGGAGAGAAGAAAGCCAGAACGACGUCAAAGAGGUGCUUGUUUGGAGCAAUGACCGGGUGAUCCGCUGGAUCUUAUCCAUUGGCCUCAAAGAGUACGCAAACAACCUGGUGGAAAGCGGCGUCCAUGGCGCGCUGGUGGCCUUAGAUGAGACCUUUGACUUCAAUGCUCUGGCCCUUCUGCUGCAGAUCCCCACUCAGAACACACAGGCUCGUGCUGUCUUGGAAAGAGAAUUCAACAACCUUCUAGUUAUGGGCACAGACAGAAGGUUUGAGGAAGAUGAUGAUAAAAGCUUUCGACGAGCCCCUUCGUGGAGAAAAAAGUUUAGACCCAAGGACAUUCGAGGUUUAGCUGCUGGAUCGGCAGAGACCCUGCCUGCAAAUUUCAGGGUCACCUCGUCUAUGUCUUCACCCUCUAUGCAGCCAAAGAAAAUGCAGAUGGAUGGCAGCGUGUCAGGAAGCCAGAGGCUGGAUUCUGCGACCGUAAGGACUUAUUCCUGCUAAAGCCUUCUGUUGUUUACCCACACUACUUCUACAGAUGAUUAUGCAUCUCUCAGAAUUCAGCCAAGACCACGUUUUAGAAUUGAGUGGAUCUUUAAUCUGUUAAUACUUGUUAUAUGGACAAUGAGAUAUUUUAUUACAGAGUUUUUAAUUAGUAAAAAAUUCAUGAAUACCAUAGAGAAAAUAUUUUAGAAUUAAAUGUUUCUUAUAUUUAUGUAAACUUCUGUGACUUCAUUUAUACAGUUACUUACUUUUUCAUGUGUAUCCAGAUUAUAAAUAUCUUUUCCAAUCAAUCCAUGAGGUUCUUACACUUAAUUUGUCAGUCACCUGAAUGUACUGUAAUGCUUGUAAGUACAAAUCCUAGGAGCAAAUAGGGUUUUUGUAAAUUAUGCAGUUAUUGUAAUGCUCAUUGAAUUUUUUAAAAUAAUAAACCUGACAGAAAAUGAGGGGUUUUACUCCAUUUGUAAAAAGUGCCCUGUUACCAAGGAGCGGGCAUCAUCGACGGCGUUGGUAAGCUAAUGCUUCCAAAAGCAAGCCACCGCCACGGCUUGGAAACAAUCAGACUCUUCGUUGCAAGCAGUUACGGUGUGUGAUUUAAUCACUGAUCACAGCUGAUCUUUUUCUGAAAAGAGCUUUCGUUCUGUAGCAUGGACCGAUUUUAAAUUUUGUAUUUUAAAUAUCAUCUUCUCUACUAAAAUUUGAACUGAGAAACAUAGAACACUAUGGAGUCGUUCUAGACAAACUGGCUCAGGGUGCCUUGGGAACCGAGUCCCUCGAGUCUCUCGUCCUCGGAUAACGGUCUUCAGGGACUGCAGAUAAGCCAUGAACAGCCGGGAAGGACAGACUCGGAGAGGGGGCCAGGUCCCGGCCUCCCCCCACCCCCAGCCCGCAAAGAAGUGCUUUCCUCCCAACGCCAUUGGUUGAGAGGCUCCGAUGCAAUUUCUUCGAGGACCAAUCACAACGCGCGCUGCAGUCUUGAGGCCCGCCCCCGCCGAGGGAUGCAGCGCCACCUUCAAUCCAGGCCUUACUGCGCUCGUCAGUCGUCUUUCAGCUUCUGCGUCCGGACACGUUUGGGGAUUUUAAUGGUGUAGCCGUUGCAUUUCAAACUGUAGAGAAUGUACCUUUUCCUUUUCAAAAUGGCCCAUUAAAAAGCCGACGAGAAACUGUAGAUGACGGUGCGUUAUUUAUUGUGCAGCUCUAUAUGUGUGUAUGUGUGUGUAUAUACGGGCAGACGGAUGGGAUAUAAAUAUAUACAUAUGUGCAUAUAGAGAGAGCAUGGCUUUUCCUGUUCGUUUCUGCUUUCAAUGUACGCGUGUAACUCAUCGGUACCCUUGUUUUUCUAUUAAUCUUCUGUGAACUUUCUGAUUAUGUAACAAAGUAUGUACAGCCCACUUUUGACUGUUUUUAUCACAGUAUUAUUUAUUGCUUUCUUUCAAUAAAGUACUGAAGCCUU